CGAACCAGCUUGGCCACUUGAACUGCCAAAAAAAUGUUUUUCAGGGGACCCAGUCAGUCGAGUCAGUGCAGCCACAGGUGGCAGACCCUGUUCUACCAGGCGCUGCUCUCGCCCCCACCCACGGCCGCAGGUGAGGAGAGUCAUGCGCUGAGGGAAACGUAACAAGGAGCUGAACUUGAAUCGAUCAAGUCUUAUUCUGGACUUGAUAAUAUCAAGUCGGUCCUUUUUUUUCCUUCUAUGGCAUUGUACAAGGAGGACAGCCAGGAGGACGCACGGGAGUGUCCAGUGUGCUACGAGUGUCUGUCGGGCACCGAAAGGACCCUAAGCUGCGGACAUGUAUUCUGCCACGACUGUCUGGUCAAAACGCUGGUGGGCAUCAACAGCGAUGGGAACAUCCGAGAGACAAUCGUCUGCCCCGUCUGCCGACACCUCACGUUCAUCAGGAAACACAAGGAAGCGCUGGUGUCCCUCGCGGCCGACAAGGAUCCGCACGGAGGGCAGACGCUGGAGGUGCCUCUCCAUGUGCCACCUGGACAGCUCCAGAGCGCACGGCGCGCGUCCAGCGACACUUUGCCCAGGGGAGUGGACUGGAUCGCCCAAUGCCUCAGGGGCAUCUCCGAGCGAGUCCGUCGACAGAGGCUGAUCAGCCCCGGCCACAAUGCGUCUCAGAUCUUUAUCAUAAGCACCGAGGGGCGACCCAUGGCAGAGGAGGAUGCGCUCAGCGUUGUGAUGACCGCGGUUCGUCCUCAGCGAAGGCGGAGGCGCAGGAUUUGCACAACUGCACGAUGCCUGCUCGUUCUGCUCUCAGCUUUUACUAUACUCGCACUGGUGGCUGCGACCUUGCCCUGGAUUCUGUUGGCAUAGCCCCUUGACAGAUGACUUGGAUUAACGAGUGCCAAUAUAGGAACUGAUGAACUGACAUUUAUGAAGGAAUUCUCUGUUGAAUUUCCACAACAUUCAACAUUAUCCACGAGCUAUGCAAUGACGUGUGUGGCAAAGUUCAUUUGUCUUUACUGAUCAAAAUAUUAUGAACAUUUUAAUGUGAUAUCAAUUAGAUCAUUUGGUUUUUAAGAUAUGGUCAUGGCGUUGUCAUUUCCCUCACUGAUUUUCAGGAAAAUCCAGAGAGUUUAUGGACAUGCUCACCUCUUUUAUGUGCAUGACAUAGAACAGUAUAAACUAAAGUGACGAGGAGCAGAGGAGAAGCCUUGACAACUGCCUUUUGUUUUGCAUUCCUGUCUGCAACAAGUUCUACUUGUUUCAUGUGUAGCAAACACAGCAGUGAUCUCCAGCAACUUCAAAACAAAUCCAAAAGUUGGUGAAAGAACAUUUUUGAGGUCUACUUUAAACAGUGCAGUGAAACAAUUUGACAUUUGCGGUCAACUCAUUUCAAUUCAUGGUUGACGACGCUGUCAGCAUUGCUUCGUGUUUGCAAUAUUUAAUCCAAAGAAACAAGGAAGGGGUUACAGUUUGAUAUCAAGAUACAAGCUUGGUCUUAUGAGGAAGCAAAAUGUGGUAAUAAAGACGAUAUGUCAGGGUGUCCUGCAAACCUUCUCUCCUUCUUAUAGCACAAAGAGAAAACAUUCUCUCGCAUUUCUAAAUUUAACUAUACAUUCUUAAACAUGCUUAUCGGAUGGCAACGUGUUUAAUAGGCAGAUAACUGGAUGAAGUUAGUGGUUGUAUGUCCCUCAGUGACAUUCUUUACAGCGUGUAGGCAAAGCUUUCCUUGCAGUGUUUACAAAGACGCUGUAAACGGAGUCAGCUUUAAAACUCUCUGAAAGAAAUAAUUGAUGCUCCCAUGGCAGUCUGAAGGAGAUAGACCAACAAAUGAGCUGAGCCUGGUUGAUUGUUGUAAGGAGAUACGCUGCUGGACAGUAUAGCAUUAGAUUACCACCGACUAUUUAAGAAAAGUCAGCAGAGAUGGGUUUAUUGGGUUUAUUUUGAUGAAAAGAAAAAAAAAACACAUCAAUUGCAAAUGGUAUUUGUUUUCUUAGUUAAUGUUAAUUGCUCUUGACUUGAGCAGAGAGUUAAAACAUUAUUUCAACAUACAAAGUUGAUAGUCUGGGUCGGAGGGGUCACCACAAACAGACUAAUUCUCCGAAUCAGCCUCACCACCAUCCUGUCAAACCUGGACACUCCUUGUGGCAAACCCACGGCCAUCCUGCUGGGCCAGUCCUGCAGGUAACACAUGCCCUGCCUGGUUUUUGAUGAGUCAGACCUUUUCAUCAUAGUCCUGUUUGUGGCUCGGAUGCCAGUGCAUUGGACCCAAAUUAAAAGAAGAGGUAACAUCUAUAAAUCAGUGAACCAGCUAUUGCUCCACAAGUGUGCUCAUGCUAUUGCCUAUCCUAAACUUUAGGCAGUGGUGGAAGAAGUGCUCAUAGAUCCCUUCAAUAAAAAAGCAUAAAUACUUACAUUGCAUGUAAUGUAUGAGUAUAAAGAGUAUUUUGCUCAGCUGUAAGUAACUUUGAAAAAGUGUGUCAACCAAAUGAUUUAAUUUAAUUUUUUUUAGAUUCUUUUGCUGCCACAAAAUAAAUCCGCGAGGCUGUAAAAUAAAUAAAUACAUUUCUG